UAACAGUCAGAGUGCCAGAAAAAUAACGAACGUUAAAGACCAACAUUUUUUUUGUAAAAUAAUAAAUCGCCCAGAAAGAUGAAGAAAUAUUGUUACGUCAUAAUAAGUGUUUGUUUGUUAGUGAUGUUACUUCAAGUCAACGCAGAUUUGACAUGCAGUGACGUCACAAGUCGCCAUUGUACCCGUGACAGAAGACCGGUUUGUGGGGGUAAUGGAGCGAAGUCGAUAACUUACAGCAACAAGUGCGAAUAUUGCAGAGAACGCCGGGAUGACAAAUCGUGGAAAAUCCUGCACGACGGUGAAUGCUAAAGGAGAGUCUCGCCGAUAAUAAAAUAAAUACGCGCUCGUUUGA